AUGGUCGAAACGAUUUUGGCCCAAAACGGCCUAAACACAGGUUGUCGCAGGCCAAACUUUGUCUCUGCCUUCAAUGAAUAUGUGUUGCAAACAGAGUUGCCAAGAGGUUGGAAAGUCCCAAAGUACACUAAGUUUGCUGGGCAUACUGAUGAGUCAACUGAAGAACACAUUGCUAGGUACUUAGCUGAAUCUGGGAAUUUGGCAAAUAAUGAAAAUCUGCGAAUGAAGUAUUUCCCUAAUUUGCUUACCAAGAACGCUUUUACUUGGUUCACAACCGUGCCUCCCAAUUCGAUUCAUAGUUGGGCCCAAUUGGAAAGAACUUUCCAUGAACAAUUCUAUAUGGGCAAAACCAAGAUAAGCCUGAAAGAACUAGCCAGUGUGGAUGCAGACCCUCUGCCAAAUGCUGAUGCCACCUAUGUCGAAGUGUAUGACUGCAACAUGGUUGAAGUUGUAGAUGCUGCUGCUCCGAUCGAGGCUGUGCCUGAAGAAGAGUAUGAAAAGAGGGUGCAUGAAGUGUACCCCAAUGUUGAGGAAGAAUUGGUGGACUUCCUGAAUAGGUGCAAGCUCAAGAACUCUGAGGUGAUGCUUUGCCCUAGGUGCAGUGCUGUGUGUGACAAAGAGGCCAUUGCAGGCCUUCAAAAUGUUGUACCCUAUGCUGAAAACUAG